AAGUCAACCACCACUGAAGACGAGUGAAUAGGGCGUUGGCUUCUUAGUUGAGAAGGGUUGCUGGCGGAGGCAAUACUGCGCCCUUUAAUAAGGUAAAGGGAAAAUGCACCUAGCAGUCUGGUAGAACAGGUAAAAAGGUGGAGAGGGAGAGAGAGAGGGGAGGAAGGAGAGAGAAGGUAGUAGAAUCGCCGAAAUGUCUGUCUUGUUGGGAAAUGGUUAUUAGAGAUUUCGAACGAGCACGAAUAGAAACAAAUAUAUAAUAAACUGCAACUACUACUACCACCAGUAUUACUACAAUAUUUGUUACUACUACUACAACUAUCAUCAUUACAACGAACACUACUGAAACAUCUUGCAGUUAGAGCAACACUUUACGAAGACGGAAGAGAUUUGAAGAAGAAAAGAAUCCAUUUAAAGAAAACACCACCACAAUGGCAGAAAUAAAACCCACAAAAGAUCGGCAAUUGACACAAGAAAAAACUACAGAGAUGGAAAGAACCAGCAUUAUUACACAAGGUGCCACAUUGGUCAUCUAAGUGCUACUAUAUGGUACUGGCCCUUGGUCAACAAACAACAAGAACAGGGGUGAGCUGUGAAAAUUGACACUUGUCUUGCCAGCAACAGAAUACUUCAUGGUUAUCAUGAAACACAAUAGCACAAUAAUUGUUUUGCUAAUGACCAAUAUUCACAUUGCAUCAAUUCAAACAAACAACCAGAAUUUUAGUCCUUUGCUUUUUGAUCGGAAGAUGGUAACAGAAAUGUAACCAGUGAAUUUUGUAAAUUUAUAAAUACAAAUUUUCAUUGUCACCAUACAUGGUGGUGUUGGUUUGUUGACAUUUAAUUGUACUACAGAGGAGUUUGAAAAAUAUUUCAUUCUAAUUGGAGAUGUACCUUGAUGGUGGAAACAAAUUUGUUUUGCAUGUGGAAUAUCUCAUGUCCACUCUAUACUACUGACUAUAUUAAUAACUGCUGUCAAAAGAAAAUAUUUUCACAAAAAAAAAAAAUCAUCAUAUUUUUCUUAUUUUACCUUCCACCUCUCUCUUACAAUUCUCUAUUCCAGAUCGGAUAUGCUGUCCUAAGAUUUGUUCAUAAUCAGUAGAGAAGCUACUGUUGCAUUGAGGAGCUCAAGUGGUGGUUAAAUAGAAUAUCUCUCACGUGGUCUUUUUCUAUGUACAUACACUUUCACAGAAUCAUACACAUAUCACAAAUAACAAAAGCAAGUUGAGAGAAAGAAAAUUUAUAAGUUUACUUAUUGUUAUAAAUGUGUGUUGGUGGAAAGUUAAUCCAUGCUGUCUCCACAAGAAGGCUUUUUAAAAUCUUACUGUGGUACUUUGUCUACAGAUGAGGACUUCUUGAGGCCGAAAGCAAUUAUGGCAUCUGAAAGUGACCUCUUCCGGUCAAGAAGCUUAAUGGCGCUAGACAGUGACUGGUUUCGAUCUCGAGGUAUGAUUCCUCCUGAUAGUCUCUUUAGACCCAGGAAUGUAGUAAAUCCUGAAAAUGAUUAUCAGCGUGCUCGAGGCAUGAUGGCUGCUCAGGAGAAUGAAUUGUUUAAGUCAAGGAGCAUGAUAACUUUAACAAAUGAGCACACAAGGCAUAAGAAUAUGCCUGCUUAUGAGAAUGACUUUUUUAGACCAAAAGGAAUGAUAUUCUCACCUGACAACUGCAAUAUACAAAGACCUUGUAAUCAACUGAACAAAGACUUAAAUGAAUCCAUGAGAAUGAAAGGGUUUGUACCUCAUAACACUCCUGAACUCAUGAACCUGAAAGGGAUCAUGCCACAUGACUCAAAUGAAACCUUGAAAUCAAAGAAUUUAUCCAUGCUUGGUUCUGAUCUGUUGAGGACAAAAAAUUCCCUGCAUCCUCAAGAAAGUGAUUAUCUCCGGUCAAAGGGUAUUUUCCAUCAUGAACAUGAUUUGGGCAGAUCUUCAAAGAACAUAAUACCUCAAGACAGUAUGAUGUUAGGAUGUGACACUAAUGAUUUACUGAGCUCCAAAGAUUUGGUAGUUCCUAACCCUGAUAACGUUGAUCACAUGUUGAGACCUCCUCCAAUGACUGAAACUUCAAAAAGUCCACACCCCGAUUAUCUCCCUCCCAAAAUCAGUGGUGGUGAGAUGAUGAAGCCUCAAUUUUUGUAUCCACCGGUCAGCAACCAGCACAACAAUACCAGUCUUAAUUCAAAAUGUUUAGAGAGAGUGCCAACAACAACAACAAAUAAUACAACAGGCAUCACAACCACAGCAACAUUCAGCUCAAAUGGAAGUGAACACUGCACCACUUUAUCCACAUUAGACAGCUCUGUUAAUCCUAUAUCACAUCCUGCUUGCUCUUCAGCUAAUUCUCAUAAUUCUUCUUCCACACAUACUAUCAUGCAUUCUCCUGCUACUAACUGCUCUGAACAUGUUCAGACAACUAAUUCUGAUUCUUGUACAACAAGCACUGACACCGUCAAAUCUUCUCCCAGUCACAUCAUUCAACAAAAUGUUCAACAAGCAAAGGAUAAUAUGAAUAACCAGCAGAUGAAUAUGGUUAAGAAAGCUACAUUCUCUUUGAAAGGUCCAUAUGAGUGCAAGUCAUGUCACAAAUGGUUUUCCACUUCAAGCAAUUUGUCGGUUCAUAAAAGAGUUCAUUCAGGUGAGCAACCCUAUAAAUGCGGGAUAUGUCUGAAAGCAUUUUCAACAUCAAGUAACUUGACUGAACAUCUGACCACUCAUUCUGGUGAAAGACCAUUUGAGUGUGAGAUUUGCCACAAGCGAUUCUCUCGAUCUAGUAAUCGUAAAGUACACAUGAGAAUCCAUUCAGGAGAACACCCAUUCAAAUGUACAAUGUGCCCAAAAGCUUUCACCACAUCAAGUAAUCGGACAGUUCACAUGCGAACUCACUCAGGUCAACUCAGAGAUUUCCAGUGUGAUAUCUGCCCUAAAGCCUUUUCCCAAGCACGCUACCUUUCAGAACAUCUCAAGAUUCAUUCAGUUGAACGCAGUUUUGAAUGUGACUAUUGCAACGAGAUUUUCCCUAAGUACUUUGAGUUGACACGUCACCUAAAGAAACACACUGGUGACAAACCCUUUCAAUGUGAUGUUUGCCAAAAACCUUUUUCCCGUUCCAGUCAUCUGACUGUUCAUAUGCGUUCACACACAGACGAACGUCCAUAUAGCUGUGACACUUGUUCUAAGACCUUUUCCACAUCUAGUAAUCUUUCAGUCCACAAAAGAGUUCAUUCUGGUGAGCAGCCAUAUAAGUGUGAAAUAUGUUUUAAAGCAUUCUCAACAUCAGGCAAUUUGACCGAGCACAUGACUAUUCAUUCGGGAGAAAGACCUUAUGAAUGUGACAUCUGUGAAAAAGCAUUUUCAACAUCUAGCAAUAGAACUGUCCAUAUGCGGACUCAUUCUGGAGAACAACCAUUUGCAUGCGACAUAUGUUUCAAAGCUUUCACUACCUCGAGUAAUUUAAGAGUUCACAAACGGACACAUUCAGGGGAACGACCAUAUAAAUGUGAUCAAUGUCCAAAAGCAUUUUCUCAGUCUGGACCCCUCAAUGCUCACAAAAAAACUCAUUCACAUGUACCUUUAGCUUAAAUGUGUACACACGCACAUCCAUGUGUGUAUGUAUAUUUGUAUGUGUCUAUAAAAGUAUAUGUAUAUAUGAAUAUAUAACUAUGUAUAUAUAUAUAUGUUGUAUCUUGAGAGGGUCAUUUUGCCAAUAAAAAACAAUCACAUUGGUGCCA